AUGGAGCAUCUCAAGAAUACAUUUGCACAAUGCAAGAAAGAAGGAAGAUCCGCGUUGGUAACAUAUAUCACUGCUGGUUUUCCUCAAGCAGAUGACACCGUUGAUAUCCUAUUAGGAAUGGAGGCUGGUGGCGCCGAUGUCAUUGAAUUAGGAAUUCCUUUCACAGAUCCCACGGCAGAUGGACCAACGAUUCAAAAGGCAAACACUCAAGCAUUGAAAAAUGGUGUGACUGUCACUUCGGUUUUACAGAUGGUACGGGAUGCAAGAAAGAAAGGAUUACGGGCACCAGUUCUUUUCAUGGGUUAUUACAACCCAUUUCUGAGUUAUGGAGAGGAAAGGUUAUUGCAAGACUGUCGUGAAGCUGGUGUCAAUGGUUUCAUUGUUUGUGAUCUUCCACCUGAAGAAGCUGUGAGCUUCAGGAAGUUUUGCACAAGCGGAGGAUUAUCCUACGUUCCUCUCAUCGCUCCCUCAACAUCCGAAUCACGAAUGAAGCUUCUUUGUAAGCUUGCGGACUCCUUCAUCUAUGUUGUUUCAAGAAUGGGUGUGACCGGAGCCACAGGAGGCUCAAUGGAUGCUGGCUUAGAAGGAUUGCUGAAAAGAGUAAAAGAUUAUUCGGGAAAUGUUCCAGCGGCCGUGGGUUUUGGCGUUAGCACAAGAGAGCACUUUUUGCAGGUCGCAAAAAUCGCAGAUGGAGUUGUUAUUGGCAGUCAAAUCAUCAACACCGUCAAUCAAGCACCUGCCGGAAAAAUCGCGAAAAGUGUGGAAGAGUACUGUGCAGCAGUUUGCGGCAGACGAGGUACUCCGAACGAGGGUUUAACCAGGGAAGUUGGCAUGGCCGAGGCAAUAGAUGUUGCCGAAGAACCUAGCGGAGAAAAUGUCACCGUUGAUGCUGUCAUUAGAGAUGAAGAUAGAUCCGGACCUGGUUUAGCAGAUCAGAUUGAAGCCUUGAACACGAAUGGUUCUCUAGAUCCAAAACUUUCGGCUCAAAAGUUCGGCGAAUUUGGUGGACAGUAUGUACCGGAGGCACUCAUGGACUGCUUGUCAGAACUUGAAGCAGGAUUCAAUGCUAUCAAGGAUGAUCCAGCAUUCUGGGAAGAAUACCGAACAUAUUACCCAUGGAUGGGACGACCAGGCCAAUUACACGAGGCUGAAAGACUUACUGAGUAUGCUGGUGGUGCCAGGAUCUGGUUGAAGAGAGAGGACCUGAACCACACCGGAAGUCAUAAGAUUAACAAUGCUCUUGGACAAAUCCUUCUCGCCCGACGAUUAGGGAAAACCGAGAUCAUCGCAGAGACUGGUGCAGGACAACACGGUGUGGCCACAGCGACAGUAUGCGCAAAGUUUGGUAUGAAAUGUACCAUUUAUAUGGGAGCGGAAGAUGUAAGAAGACAGGCUCUCAAUGUUUUUAGAAUCAAGCUUCUCGGUGCUUCAGUUGUCGCCGUCGAGGCUGGUUCGCGUACUCUUAGAGAUGCUGUCAACGAAGCUAUGCGCUCCUGGGUGGUCAAACUUGAUACUACUCAUUACAUCAUUGGUUCAGCAAUUGGUCCUCAUCCAUUCCCAACCAUCGUUAGAACAUUCCAAUCCGUUAUUGGUAACGAGACUCGAGCUCAAAUGCUAGAGAAACGCGGUAAACUCCCUGAUGCUGUCGUUGCAUGUGUCGGAGGCGGUAGUAAUGCAGUUGGCAUGUUCUACCCGUUCUCGAAAGAUCCAAGUGUCAAAUUAUUAGGUGUUGAAGCCGGUGGUGAUGGUUUAGACACAGAUCGUCAUUCCGCUACCCUGAGUGGUGGGACAAAGGGUGUUCUACAUGGUGUCCGUACAUAUGUUCUUCAGGACAAACACGGACAAAUCUCAGAGACUCAUUCCGUUUCUGCCGGUUUAGAUUAUCCAGGUGUUGGACCAGAAUUAAGUAAUUGGAAAGAUAGUGAGCGUGCCAAAUUCAUCGCGGCAACAGAUGCCGAGGCAUUCAAGGGAUUCAGGUUGAUCAGUGAGAAAGAGGGUAUCAUACCGGCUUUGGAGACUGCGCAUGCCGUGUGGGGAGCAGUAGAACUGGCGAAAACCAUGAACAAGGAUCAAGAUGUUGUUAUUUGUUUAAGUGGUAGAGGUGAUAAGGAUGUACAGAGUGUUGCAGAGGAAUUACCCAAGUUGGGUCCAGCGAUUGGAUGGGAUUUGAGAUUUUAG